AUGUCUGCUAACGACCUUUCACCGGUUUCUGGAUUUUUACCAACCACACGAGAAACGAUAGAUUUUGUAAUGUUUCGCUGCCCCCGUCGGAUUCUCUGUAGUAAUUUCCUCUUUUCAUUAUCGGAAUUCGAUAUAUCGGACUACAUGAUAAAAGUCUAUCUUCUGAUCUUCAUCACAUUGAUUCUUCUCGGUGAGCUUGAAUCUACGGGUUUGCCUGAUUGCGAGUGUAUUGCUAUGCCUCUAAGGAUGACAUUGGACGAAAUGGUUCCUCAUUGCCUUAGUCGUCACACUCGUAUAUUGACAAAAUCGGCUGAUCCCGAAAGAUACAAAAUAAGAGUAGAAGAUAUCGGGAUCUUCAUGCCUUGGUUUUAA